CAUGGAUGCAAAAGCAUUGGACAAAUUGCUAAAGGCCCAGCAAGUGUAUUAUGAGAAAAUGUUAGUGAGGUUGUUGAAGCCGAGUGAGUUGAACGACACAGAAUUGUACAGCAAAUUGGUUGGAAUGAUUGGUGAGUUCAUUUUUGAUUUGUCGAGUGGUAUGACCUUUGAGUCAUGGUUGGGCAGGCAUCGGUCCUAUUUUGAGGAAAAGGGUAAAACCCUGCCAGAAUCCUCUAAAGUGAGAUUGUUGUUGAGUAAAUUGGUGCCAGAAGAGUAUGCCCAAAUUGAAAGGAAGAUGCUGCCAACCAAAUUGAGUGAAAUGAAGUUUGACGAACUGUGCAGUGAAAUAGUCAGAGUUUAG